AGGAUGUGGCUGGUGACGAGCCCUUGGCAGCACGCAGCCAGCGAGGCAGGAGGCUCUGGCGGGGUGGGUUCGGAAGUCUGAGAGACUGGGUUCAGCCCCAGGGUUUGGUGGCCACGAACGAGACCACCCAGUUCCCAUGCUGGGCCUGUCGCCUCGCCAGCGCGUGCCCAGCUCAUCGCGGGCGGAGACCAUGUCCCAGGCUUACGCUACGGUGACCAGAGCAGAUCCUUGGCCUGGUCACAGCUCCCCUGCCCCUCCUUGCUGGCCACGUUCAGCUACCACCUGCUCCUCACCGACUCAGGCCUAUCUGUGACUUCACAGGAUGGGGCCACAGGUGCCCUCAGCCCCUCCUGCCCUCUGGGUCCUAGGGUGCCUUGCCUUGUUCCUCUGGCUGUGGACACUGUGCACGGCCUGCCACAGGAAGCGGGUGCAGAGGCCGCAGGCCAGGCCCCAGGGCUGUGUGAUGCCAGUGGAAACGUCACUGCUGAGACAACCCCGCCUCUGCUCCCUCAGCAAGUCAGACACCAGACUGCAUGAGCUGCACCGGGGCCCAAGAAGCUGCAUAGCCCCUCGGCCUGCCAGCAUGGACAUCCUGCGUCCACAAUGGCUGGAGGUGUCCAGAGGCACCAGCAGACCUCUGGCAGCCUUCUCACACCGGGAACUGCCUCGGCCGGCGCCUGCUGCCACUUUGCCCUCCGUCUGCCCCGAGACCACCUAUUCCAAUGUGGGGCUGGCUGCCAUCCCCAGGGCCAGCCUGGCAGCCAGCCCUGUAGUGUGGGCAGGGGCACGGCUGGCCAGCAGCUGUGCCAGGCCUGGGCCUGAGGCCAGACCCAAGGUGGCUGAGUAUGCUUGUAUCCAGAAGCUCAAGGGAACAGAUCAAGGCCCCCAAAGCCUGGGGCAGUGGAAGGCUGAGGUGAUCCCAGCUGUUCAGGUGGACAGCUUGUACUCCAGGGUCAGGAAGCCUAAAAAGAGUGACCUGAGACCUGCUACAGACGAGCUGGACCCUAAGGCCACAGGAGGAAUUCCGGCUCUGGGAAGUGACCAGGCCUACGAGACCCUCGCACCCAGGGGCCUGGGCAUGGAUGAUAGCUUCCUGGACAAUGUGUAUGAGACUAUCCAGGAGAUGGGGGUCCCGGAGCACCCGGAGCCCUCUGGCUGUAGCUAUUAGCCUAAGCGGACAGAGGCAGGGCAUGGAAGCUCCCUGCUUCCCCAGUCUCAGCCUAGGGAGGGGUGUCCAACCCCCAACUGCCUUGAACAACCAAGUAUAGAUGUUUCUCCUUCCAAAGUAGUGCCCAACCCCUGUUCCCUUCCCUUCCCCCACAAAGGUGGCAGCGCAAAGUCUAGAUCCCAAGACUUCUAGCCUGUGAGGUCUCUGGGGGUCCUGGCUGCCAUGGCCUCUUGGCCUCUCCCAAGGUCCUAAUAAAUGCCCAGCACAGGAAGGAUGAAUA